GUUGCGUCAGGGCGUCGCUUGCCCCGCCCACUCUGCCCCCGAAGCACGUCGCGGACAUGCUGAACGCAUUCUGUUUGGAAGAGGGGUCGCACAUCGGCCGCUCGGCUGCCCAGGGCGCGAGGGGCGCAGGCGCGGAGAUAAUCGAGGAACUGUCCAGGAAGAGCGCGGCUCUCAAGUGGAAGGCCACGGGGGGCGGCGCCUUGUUUGCCAUUUGCCACGCGCACGACGAGGCGCACUUCAAGUUGAGGGCCAUUGACCCAGCCCUUUCUUCGGAUUCUAAGUUGCGGUUGCCCGCGGGGAAGGAGGUGAUGAGUCGCGCCAGGGGCGCCAGCGUGCAGAACCAUGUGAUUCGCGUCACGCGGGGGGAACGCAGCGAGCCAUGGCACGCCGAGCUCGUGGCCCUCCGUGCCAAGACGGCGCGAUCCAUCGCGACGACCAUCAUCGACGCCGCAGAGGAGAUCGUCGCUGCAGUGUUGGAGGGCCAGGGCCACGGGUGCACGGUGCUGCAUCUGAUCGCGGGGGGCGGGGCCGGCGCGAACCCUGCUGCCCCGCGAUUCGCCCUCGCCCACAUG